AUGACAGAGAAGAGAGAGAAAAGAGAGAUGGGUAUGCUGUUAGAUGGGAUAAUAGAUGGCAUGCCUGUGUUUGCUAAAGAGUUAGUUGCUGGUGGUGUUGCUGGUGGCCUUGCAAAGACUGUUGUAGCUCCCCUUGAACGUGUCAAGAUUUUGUUUCAGACCAGAAGAGAUGAAUUCAAGGCUGUUGGGCUGUAUGGGUCAUUUAAAAGGCUUGCACAUACAGAGGGGAUUAUGGGCUUCUACAGAGGAAAUGGUGCUAGUGUUGCGCGAAUUGUUCCUUAUGCUGCCUUGCAUUACAUGACUUAUGAGCAAUAUCGUAGAUGGAUAAUCCUCAGUUUUCCUGAUAUUGGGAGGGGUCCUGUACUUGAUCUGGUGGCAGGAUCGUUUGCUGGAGGAACAGCUGUGCUGUUUACAUAUCCUCUUGAUUUGGUUAGAACCAAAUUGGCUUACCAGGUUGUCAGUUCUUCAAAAGUAAAUAUUCAUGGGGUAGUUGGUACGGAAGAAGUUUAUAAAGGAAUUCGUGAUUGUUUCUCAAAGACUCUUAAGGAAUCUGGGCUAAGAGGUCUCUAUCGGGGUGUGGCUCCAUCCCUUUAUGGAAUCUUCCCUUAUGCUGGUUUGAAGUUUUACUUCUAUGAGGAGAUGAAACGGCAUGUCCCCGAGGAGCACAAGAAAGAUAUUGUGGUGAAAUUGGUUUGCGGCUCUGUUGCUGGUUUAUUGGGUCAGACCUUCACUUACCCUCUUGAUGUUGUUAGAAGGCAAAUGCAGGUUCAAAGGCUAUUGGUGUCAAAUAACGCAGAGUUGAAAGGAACAAUGGAAACUCUUAUUAUGAUCAUGCAAAGGCAAGGGUGGAAGCAAUUAUUUUCAGGGCUUAGCAUCAACUACUUGAAGGUGGUCCCUUCCGUGGCGAUUGGUUUUACAGUCUACGAUAUCAUGAAAGCGAGCCUCAGAGUUCCAUCACGAGAUGUGAUAGAAGUGGUGACUGCAGAGAGAAAUAGUCAACCUUCUCUUCAUUCAUGA